AUUGCUUUUCUCCUGUACACGUCCACCAUGGCGUACUCCUGGAAAGAUGGUAUCUUCCUCAAGGUAUACGUUGUCAAUGUUAUUGUAUACUUCCUAUUCUUAGGGUCCAACAUCUAUUCUGUUGCGGGACCACAAGAUAUCUAUGUGUCCGGAAAGCAGACCUACCUCACUCCCGCCCCAUGGGCAUUCGGUAUCUGGUCUAUCAUCCAUCUAUUGCUUUUGGGAACGAUCAUCUACCAAUUCACCGAGAGCGGAAAGCAAAUAAUAAUUGAUGGAAUUUCAUGGCGGUUCCCGUUGUUGGGACUUCUUAACUCCAUUUACGUCAACUUUUGGGUGAGGCAUCACUACGUCGUUGCCUUCUUCUUUGCACUCUGUGUGUCUUCCGCGGUCACUCAUAUCUAUUAUGUCGUGAAGAAAUUCCACGAACCUCAAAACCUCGCUGACGAGCUCUUCGUUCACCUGCCAUUCUCACUUUACCACGGCUGGACAACAGUUCUCGUCGUCUUGACUGCAUUUGAGGCAUUCGGUAACGACGCAACAACUGAACGUGCCGGAGUAUGGACAAAAAUAUUUGUAUUCCUUGCCUUACUCUUCCUCGAAGCCACCGCUGCCACCUACGCAUUCGCUUCGGCUGAGGGUGAUCUUCCCGCCAGCCUCGCCAUUGCUUGGUCUCUAUGGGCUAUCUUUGCCCAUCAAACCAGCAGCGGUUUCGUUCACUGGACUGCACUCGCGUUCUCCAUCUUGGCGUUGGUGUGGGUUGUCAAGGCGCUCGUUGGUGUAGUACAGAAGGUCAGGAGGAGUCGUGGUGGUGUCUCCUUGGAUGAGGAGAGAGCUCCGCUUGUUGGAUCCUAAUCGCUCAGGGUACACACGGAGAUGAUGUCCACAAAUUGAAAUGACGGUUAUGACGUCGGAUGAACGGCGUAGGGGAUGGAGGUGAAUGAGGCGACGACCUUGUACCACGAACAAUGUCUGCUAAGUAUAGUUACCUGGUUUGUUUUCCAUCAGUUCCUUUUUCCUUUUAUCUUUGCAUCUCAAUGUAUUUUACGAUCUCCACUGUGUAUAGUUAUGAUACAUCGUCUUGUUGCGAACAAUUGUGAUGCAAUACCUAUAUUCUGUCAGACACACCAAUAACCGGCAGCGCUGUAUACUAUGUUGAUAGACCUUGAUAAGUUAUAUGAUACAAGUAACCGCUCUCUGGAAUGACACGUUGGUAGGCCGCCUUAGAAAGCGGAGCCUUU